GGCCAGUGAGGAUCCCAGUCGUGUCCAGCUGAAAAUGAUACACCUUUUGGUCGAAAUUCGACAACAGAAUAGGGACAUCCUGCAUCAGUUUUCACAGCUGAGGCAGGAUGUCCUCGACAUCUCUGAGAGGGUGGCCUUGCUGGAGGCACCGGCAGCUCAGGCAGCACGAGCCCCACAGGUCCUGCCCCUGAUUCUCCCAAGGCUGCCAGCCGAAAGCCUUCAGCAGUUGGAGGCAGCAGAGGCAGCAGUCAAGGAGAAGGGUGUAGCCAAAGCCUUGCAAGAUCAGCUGCAGAAGAUUGGGGGCAGGAACCUUUCAGAGGUAACUGCUGGCAUCAUGAAGAGUAUCAUGGGUCAUCCGGUCCAGGUGCUCUUCAGCCUCUACGGCCGCAAGGGCAAGAGGGCCUUUAUCAAUUUGGGCCUGUGCACCAUCGCAAUAGAUGCCAUCUGUCAAAAAUGGUCCGUGGACAGGGUUCAAGCCCAGGCAAUCAUUGGGAGGUGGCUGCCCGGCUCAGUGGAUCGAGGAGGGGGCAGGAGAAGGAGAUUUGAGGCAGCCCUUGUCUCUGACCUGCCUCUGGUCCAGCCCCUGCCCCUGGUCCAGACCCCUCCUCAGUUCAUUCCUGAGCCUGCACACUAAGAUUGCUGCCUGGACCCCUGCCAAGCCCACCCAAGCAGAUGCUAGUGUGGUCAAUAAAGUCUACAAUUUUCUGAA